CACGUUCUUUGCCAAUUCACUCGAUAGUCCUCUCCUCCUCUCCACGGCCGCCGCUGCCACCACGUCUCACUGCCGCCACAUCGCCGCCGCACGACUCCCCGCGCCAAAGAUGGGUUCUUUGCAAGCCGGCGACACGAACUACAGCCCUCUGCCGGAAUCCACCCUAGUCCCACCACCUCCAUCUCCCCAACCCCACGGACGUCGUCCCGAUGACCACGAGACGAGCAGCCAUCUUGAAUCCGUGCUCUCCGACCCAACCCUGGCUGUCUGGGACAGAAUCAGGGCUGCCUCAUGGAUCGAGCUGAAGCUGCUCUUCCACCUGGCGGCCCCUGCCGUCGUCGUCUACAUGAUCAACUACAUCAUGUCCAUGUCCACCCAGAUAUUCUCUGGCCACCUUGGCAACCUCGAGCUCGCUGCGGCGUCCCUCGGCAACACCGGCAUCCAAGUCUUCGCCUAUGGCCUCAUGCUGGGCAUGGGGAGUGCGGUGGAGACGCUGUGCGGGCAAGCGUACGGAGCUCACAAGUACGAAAUGCUCGGCGUGUACCUCCAGCGGGCCACCGUCUUGCUGACAGCGACCGGCUUCUUCCUUACACUGAUCUACGCCUUCUCUAAGCCCAUCCUGCUAUUCCUCGGCGAGCCCCGGGAGAUCGCCUCAGCGGCGGCGGUGUUCGUCUACGGCCUCAUCCCGCAGAUCUUCGCGUACGCCCUCAACUUCCCCAUCCAGAAGUUCCUCCAGGCGCAGAACAUUGUCGCCCCGAGUGCCUAUAUCUCAGCCACCACACUGGUGCUGCACCUGGCGCUGAGCUGGCUCGCGGUGUACAGGGCGGGGCUCGGGCUGCUGGGGGCGUCGCUGGUGCUGAGCCUGUCGUGGUGGGUGAUCGUUGUGGCUCAGCUGGUGUACAUCGUGAGGAGCGAGAGGUGCAGGGAGACGUGGACUGGGCUCAGCGUACAGGCCUUCUCUGGGCUGCUCGGGUUCUUCAAGCUGUCCGCCGCGUCGGCGGUGAUGCUGUGCCUGGAGACGUGGUAUUUCCAGAUACUCGUGUUGCUGGCUGGGUUGCUAGAGAACGCUGAGUUGGCGCUGGACUCUCUCUCUAUAUGUAUGACUAUAUCCGGGUGGGUGUUCAUGAUCUCAGUUGGGCUGAAUGCUGCUGCCAGCGUGAGGGUGAGCAACGAGCUCGGAGCCGGGAACCCGAGGUCGGCGGCAUUUUCGGUGGCAAUAGUGACGAUAAUCUCCUUCGUCAUCUCCGUGAUCGCGGCGGUGGCGGUGCUUGCGCUCUGUGGCGUCAUCAGCUACGCCUUCACGGAGGGAGCUGCUGUGGCGGCCGCCGUCUCUGAUCUGUGCCCGCUUCUUGCCCUCACCCUACUCUUGAAUGGCAUUCAACCCGUGUUGUCUGGUGUGGCGGUCGGGUGCGGAUGGCAGGCGUCCGUGGCUUACAUUAACAUCGGAUGCUACUACGUGGUCGGUGUCCCGUUGGGCUCGCUUUUGGGGUUUUACUUCAGGCUCGGCGCAAAGGGGAUAUGGGGCGGCAUGCUUGCCGGCACAAUCAUGCAGACCCUAAUCUUGAUGUGGAUCACAUUCCGAACGGAUUGGAACAAGGAGGUGGAGGAAGCAGUGAAGAGGUUGGAUCAGUGGCAGGACAAGAAGGAACCCUUAUUGAAGGAGUAAUCGAUUAGGGCAAACUUAUGUUCUGGUGAAGCACUUUGAAUUGAGCUGGGCAGAUUGUUAUAGGUGUUCGACAAGGCUACAGCUCAGAAAAGAUUUCCUCCUUGAUUAUUUUCCUGUGUUAGAUAUAUAGAUAUAUUUGUGAGAUUUUGUUUUGAUUUUGAUUUGACGUAAUUGAUAUUUUGUUAUUUGUUACUUUAGAUAGUUAACAUUUAAAGCCUAUAAAUAGGCACAUGUACCUUUCAUUAUCGAUGUACAAAAAUAUUAUUAAACACAAUAUACAGGAGCAAUUAUGGCUGCCUUUAGCCGCAUUCUUGUUACCUUAAGAUAUUAAUUUCUUGAGAUUUUACAUGGUAUCAAAGCUAUCAAU